AUGACCAAGCGCGGGGCGAGCCGAGCUGGAGAGGGCAGGACCCAGCACAGGGGCUCGGGGUGGUCCCCGCCAAGGGAAACCAGGCGGCGGCGGCGGCGACUGCACAUCUGGCGUCCCGGGCGCGCACGCUUGGCGCACCGCCCCCUGGCUGGCCGCGGCAAUCUGCGGAGCGUCCGGCGAGGUGGCAGCGGUGUCAGGGGAGGCGGUGGUGUGGCGAGAAGGAGGGGAGAGGGUGGCUCCCCGCGCAGGAGGAGAGUGUUAUGUGGGGCGCCGCGCCCCCCGCCCCCGCGCCGGGAGGACGCGCAGACGGGGCGGGGCGAAAGGGGAGCGCGGGGCGGGCGCCCGGGUGUCCCCACCUCCGCGCCUGGCCACCGCUCAGGGAGGGGGCGGGGUGCGUGUCGUCGUUCACUCUUUGUGCAGCGCGGCGCAGGCCGGGGCGGCGGCCAGGCCGCUUUGUCCUCGCCGGGUGGGGACUCAAGAUCCCGGGUGGGGUCGAGGUGGAGGGAUAGGGGUCAUCAGUGCGCUUAUCCCCUCCCUGAGCGUCCCACACUCACCCUCCGGAGCUACUGCGGGCGGUCCGCAGCUACCUUGGGCCGAUCGGCCUCGGAUAAAGCUCCCCGGGGCCUCGUGGCCGCAGAGGCGACAACGCAGAGAGCCAGGCGCACGAUCUGUGGCCGGGGGCUGCAGCCUCCCGGGCCACCCUUCUUCAUGUUUGUUAUGGUGUGGCGGAGGCCGCCAGGCCUACGGGAGCUGGGGGAGGCUGGGGAAAGGAGGCCCAGCGGUGUUGGGUUACCGGCGGUGAGUCACGGUCCCUUCCAGCCACCGAAGCCCUACAGGCCCCCAGCUCCGGCGGUCAGGGCUGCGCCUUCCUGGAGUAACCGUGGAGCCUGGAAAGUCCCCGGGAGGGAUGCUGCGGGACCCCGGCUCUCUCAGGGAGAAAGGCGGAGUCAGGAACGAAGGGAGGCUCGAAGGAGGAACCCGGCCCUACGCCAGGGCUCCGAUCUCCUGGUUAAGUCCCGGAGUCUGACAGGGACCACCACCGAAGAGGCGAGAUGUGGGGACCUACCUGGAUGGAGCUGGGUCCCCUGAGCUGCCCAGCACCAGUAGGAAGAUUAGGGUGGGAAGACGGAACAGGAAGAGCAUCUGGUGUAUUCUUCAAGUACUGGGGCUUCCUUCUGCAGCUCUCAGGUUCCUCCCACCCUCCGAAUUCCUUCUGUCUUCACUCCUGUCUACUUAUCAUCUUACACUGGACUCAGGCAACAGCCUGCCUGCCCCCUGCUGCCAGAGUCAUGGCCUGAAGUACCCAUUAUCACCUUCACUCCUCUGCUCCGUUCUGGACUUGAUAACAGUCUUCUCUGCAAACUUUAUUUACUUAUCUAACUGAUGCCUGAAACCCCUCUGCCAGUUCCUGCCUACCUUAAAAGCACUCACAUAAGACAAAAUGCAAAGGCCACCUUUAUUCAGAUCUGACCGUUCCACCAGCCCUUUCAGGGACUCUCUGCCACCACCCACCACCCCCACACCCACACCCACACCCAUCCUGAAACUGUAUCCUGACUUAAACCGUCUGUAGACAUCUGUGCCUGUAGCUUGAGAGACAAGUUGAUGGUCUGCAGGUAGAGUCCCCGGCCCCCACUGGAUUGACUGGAUGAAUUAACCUCUUAAGAGUUUCAUUUGCUCUUCUUAAAAUAUGAGUUAGUAGGUCUAAUUGGUUUUCAUUUGGUUCGGUUUUCAGGUAAACAGAUUGUGUCUGCAUUAGUAAUUAAAAUGCCAAGUGUUCUGGUCCCUUCUCUUCCCUCACUAUACGGUAGGAAACUGUUACCCUGCUCCCUCUCUCGGGUCAGAUCUGGCUAUAUAACUUGCCUAGGUUCAAAGAUUCCAUGCAAAUACGACCACUGUAUCUUCCACUGGGAACUUAGCUACAGAGUAAACUGCCAGGUCAUCUUGACAAGCAAUGCAGAGUGGGAGCAAGCUGAGACUCCCUGUAAAGGGGACAGAAAAGUCCCCAGGAAGGCUGAAGUAGAAAAGCAGUAUGAGCAAAUACUCUUCUGCUGUGUUCAGCCAGUGAGAUGGUAGUAAGAUAAUCUGGUAUGGUGGCGUGGCCUAUUCCGACAGGGUCACUCUCAAGUGCAAGAAGCUUUGUCCUGUUUUACAACAGGAAAUGCUGCUGUGGAAGGUAGCUACUAUAAUUUCUGUCUUCAGUUGGGGCAGGCAUAUCAGAAAGAUUUAGAGCAUGGCCUAACAUUACUUAGCUUGUACAGAGUAACAGCAGCACCGAGACUUAAUCCCCUACCUGUUCCCCCUCUGCUGAUGCCAGGCUACCCCCUCCUUAAAUGGGAAGGAGGUAAGACCCAAGUAGAGUGUGUGGCACACGGUCAGGUCCAAGCACUGGGAACUCCUGCUCAGCCUGAAUUCCUGUAGCAUUGAUAAUUGGAACACAAAACAUGUGUGUGACUGUAUGUGUGGGCUUUUUAAAUUACAUGUACUUGUUCUGUGUC